AUGGGCGUCAUCUUAGGCUAUGCAGAGCCCGUAGGCAAGAAAUACAUACAAGCAACACUACGCGAUGCAACUAUUUCUCGACUCGGCGGGCCCAUGGCAAGCCUAGCGUCAUCGCCCAUUCUAGCAGAAGAUGAUGAACGGCUGUUGUGCGCCGUAUGCAAGAAACGCAUGCGACUCUUUCUACAGCUCUUUGCACCUGAAUCAGAUGAACGGCCGCAUGCGUGGAUGCGCGUCUUGUACCUGCUCACGUGUGUCAAUGGCAAGUGUGCGAAACAAGGUUGGUCACCGAGUAUCAAAGUGCUGCGAUCGCAAUCAACGACCACAGACUUGCAUCCAGUGAGCAGUCAAGAGGAUGAGCAGUUUGCGUUGAAUGAGAUUGUCAGCGAGUCUGAACCAGCAGACGUUGCUUCCACAAAAGAGAAGGAGGACAAGAAGCACGCAGCGGUGCUCGUUGAGAAUGAUGGCAGCGAAAAGUACACCAAAGUGAAGGGUGAUGGGGCAUUCUACAAGUUUAGCAAGCGUUUGCAAAAGGCACCAGAGCAAGUCUUGCGGUACUACAGGACGGAGCAGCUGCUUGCAAGUUCACACGAAGCAGCCUUGUGGAUUGCCGAUGCACAACAACUGGCAGACAAGGAUAUCCCUGCCUGUGCAUGUGGUGCUGCAAGAUCUCUCGAGUUUCAGAUGAUGCCGACGGCCAUCUCUUUCCUUGGACAGGACGAGACGAAGCAGGACAGCAUUGACUAUGGCGUGCUAAAUGUGUAUACGUGCAAUGAAGCAUGUCGCCUGGGCAAUGAGGGAUAUGCGGAGGAAGUGUGCUGGCGACAGGAGUAUGAUAUGCGCACCAGCAUCUUCUAG